AGAGAGAGAGAGAGAGAGAGAGAGAGAGAGAGAGAGAGAGAGAGAGAGAGGAGGAGGUCUGGGCAGGAAGCAGCCAAGAGAAGAAGAUGGUGGGUGGUGAAGUAGAAGGGAACGAUGGUGGUAGUGGCGCCGCGGCGGCGCCAUCAGCCAGCGAAAGUGGGGAGGGGUCGUGCGCUGAUGAGAACCGAGAUCGGGAUGGGAAUGGGGACGAUGGCAGGGUGCUGUUGUACCACGAGCCGCAGGUGUCUCGUCUAUGCGGCGUGCACUGCUUAAACACACUGCUUCAGGGUCCUUAUUUCACAGAGGUGGAUCUCGCGGCGAUGGCGGAGGAGCUAGACAGGAGGGAGAGGGAGGUGAUGAUGGAAAGCGGAAUGGAGUCACAGGAAUAUCUCCGAUUUAUUGCCGAAGGUUCUGGUAACGUGGCAGCUGAUGGUGAUUUCAGCAUCCAAGUCUUGGAGAAAGCAUUGGGAGUGUGGGGAAUGCGUUGUCUUCCGCUGGAUGUUCCCGAGGCGAGUGAUGCCAGACUCGAUCCUCAGGCCGAGCAAGCUUUCAUCUGCAAUCUGCAAUCCCAUUGGUUCACAAUUCGUAAGGUUGAUGGGGAAUGGUAUAAUUUCAAUAGCUUGUUCCCUGCCCCUGAGCAUCUCUCUCAGUUCUAUUUGAAUGCGUACUUAGGUUCUCUGCAGCAGAGCGGAUGGACGAUCUUCGUCGUGAAAGGGGAGAUACCGAACGAGAUGGGAAGAGAAGGAGGGGGCCACGAUGAACUAUCUGGGAGUUAUGGGCGAUGGAUGGGACGGAGCGAGGCGGCGCGAUUGACAAAGGAGAACAAGAACAUGAGGGAUCGAGCAAGGCGCGCGCCUGUGGGGAACGACCUCCAGCUGGCGGCGGCGCUCAAGGCCAGCAUGCAAGAGAGUAAUCGGCAGGAAGAGAGGGGGGGAAGAAUGACCAUAGAAAACGAGGAGGAGGAUGACAUCGACGAGGAUCUCGAGGCCGCCAUAGCCGCCAGCUUGGCGGAUGCGCUGCCGACGGCGAGUGGUGGCGGCGGCGGUGGAGGCGUCUCCUCCGGCGGCGACCGGUCGCGCGACCCCAUGGAGAUAGCGAGGGCGCUUGCGGAAUCCUACCAGGCUAUGGUCAACGCACGUGCCCCCUCAGGUAUUACCGCCACGUGCGGUAGUAGUCUGAAUGCGUCGUCUAGCGACUCGUUCACUUCUUCUCCGUCUUCGUGUUCGUAUGUUUCUGCUUUGUCGUCUUUGGUGUCGAGAAGGGACAGAGGCGUGGGGGAGGGGGACGAGGAGGAGGGGGAGGAUCGCACUGCUGGCGCUGCUGCCGGCGGCGGGUGCUGCGGGGUUGGCGAAGUGCAAGCUGUGGUAGCGGAAGGGGGUGGCGGCGGCGAUGACGAAGGUAACCGAGGGGGGGAUGGAAGAGGAGAAAGAGGAGUAGGCGGGACGGGCGGACGAGAGAGGGGGGGGGGGGGGGGGGGGGAGCAGACGGCGGUGGAUAAAGCUCCCUUUCGUAUCCCUGAGGAGCCGGCAGCAGACGCGGAGGGCUGCCUUCAGCUGGCGUUGCGCAUGCCAAAUGGCGCGCGAAUAUGUCGGCGGUUCUUGGCGGAUGGGAAAUUUUGCGGAGUGCAGUAUUUAUGGAGGAACGCCGCAGGUGGUUAAUGGACACACUUCCUGUGUUUAAAGUUUAAAACUUUAAAGCUUGGUGUGUUUUAUGGUGAAUGUGCCAUACGUAAUGUUGCGUAAUGAAAGUUAGGUUCUGGA